AUGACUUCGUUCGCUACAUCGAGCAUGAAGACGCCAGCCCUCGCGGGCAAGCCCCUGAGGGCGCGGUCCGCGGCCGGUGCUGCCCCCGCGCCCCGCGCGAGGACCGUGCGCGUGGCUGCCCAGGCCCCCAAGGGCGAGGACUCGCUGCUGUCGCGCAAGGAGCUCAUCCGCGCCGCUGGCCUGGUCGGCGCCGCGAUGAUGACGGGUGCUGCUAACGCUGAUGAGGGCGCCCCCAACGUCGCCUCGUCGCGCAUGUCGUACUCCCGGUUCCUCGAGUACCUGGAGAUGGGCCGUGUCAAGAAGGUCGACCUCUACGAGAACGGCACGAUCGCCAUCGUGGAGGCGGUGUCGCCCGAGCUGGGCAACCGCGUGCAGCGCGUGCGCGUGCAGCUGCCCGGCACGUCGGCCGAGCUGCUGAGCAAGUUCCGCGAGAAGAACAUCGACUUCGCGGCGCACUCGAGCACGGAGGACGGCUCGGCCGUGUUCCUCAACCUCCUCGGCAACCUGGCCUUCCCGCUGCUCCUCGUGGGCGGCCUCUUCCUGCUCUCGCGCCGCUCCCAGGGCGGCCAGGGCGGGCCCAUGGGCGGCCCGGGCGGCAACCCCAUGCAGUUCGGCAAGUCCAAGGCCAAGUUCCAGAUGGAGCCCAACACCGGCGUGAACUUCAACGACGUCGCGGGCGUGGAGGAGGCGAAGCGCGACUUCAUGGAGAUCGUCGAGUUCCUGAAGAAGCCCGAGAAGUUCACCGCCGUGGGGGCCAAGAUCCCCAAGGGCUGCCUCCUGGUGGGCCCGCCCGGGACGGGUAAGACGCUGCUCGCCAAGGCCAUCGCGGGCGAGGCGGGCGUGCCGUUCUUCUCCAUCUCCGGGUCGGAGUUCGUGGAGAUGUUCGUUGGUGUGGGUGCGUCGCGCGUGCGCGACCUGUUCAAGAAGGCCAAGGAGAACGCGCCGUGCAUCAUCUUCAUCGACGAGAUCGACGCCGUCGGGCGCUCGCGCGGCACCGGCAUCGGCGGCGGCAACGACGAGCGCGAGCAGACGCUCAACCAGCUGCUGACGGAGAUGGACGGGUUCGAGGGCAACACGGGCGUCAUCGUGGUCGCCGCCACCAACCGCGCCGACAUCCUCGACCCCGCGCUGCUGCGUCCGGGCCGCUUCGACCGCCAGGUGUCGGUGGACGCGCCCGACGUGAAGGGCCGCAUGGACAUCCUCGGCGUGCACGCGCGCAACAAGAAGCUCGACGAGGACGUGUCGCUGGAGAACAUCGCGCUCCGCACGCCCGGGUUCGCCGGCGCGGACCUGGCCAACCUGCUGAACGAGGCCGCCAUCCUCGCCGGCCGCCGCGGGCUGACGGCGAUCGGGCUCAAGGAGAUCGACGACGCCGUGGACCGCAUCGUGGCGGGCCUGGAGGGCCGCCUGAUGCAGGACGGCAAGGUCAAGUCGCUGGUGGCGUACCACGAGGUCGGGCACGCGAUCUGCGCCACGCUGACGCCGGGCCACGACCCCGUGCAGAAGGUGACGCUGGUGCCGCGCGGGCAGGCGCGCGGGCUGACGUGGUUCUCGCCGAACGAGGACCCCUCGCUGGUGUCGAAGCAGCAGCUGUUCGCGCGGCUCGUGGGCGCGCUGGGCGGCCGCGCGGCGGAGGAGGUGAUCUUUGGUGACGCCGAGGUGACGACGGGCGCGUCGGGCGACCUGCAGCAGGUGACGCAGCUGGCGCGCGCGAUGGUGACGGCGUACGGCAUGUCGGACUGCGGCCCGUGGAGCCUGCAGGACUCGCAGCAGGGCGACAUGAUCAUGCGCAUGAUGGCGCGCAACUCGAUGAGCGAGAACCUGCUGGCGAAGAUCGACGCCGCGGUCAAGGAGCUGGCCGAGAAGGCCUACGAGGACGCGCUCAAGGUCGUCGAGGACAACCGCGAGGCGAUGGACCGCAUCGUGGAGGUGCUCGUGGAGAAGGAGACGCUCACGGGCGACGAGUUCCGCUCGCUGCUCUCGGAGUACGCCACCAUCCCGGAGGUCAACAUCCCCAAGACCAUCUUCGAGGAGACCGGCGCCGUCGCCAGCGCGUUCAUCGACGUGAACGCCGAGGAGCAGCAGUAA